AUGGCAGAGUUUAAAACUGCCACAGCCAACAGGCAACUCCUCGUCCACCCACUCCACAUACAAUUUGUUUAUAGGCACAGCCUCCAGCCACGUGAUGCUCAGUUCGAACGGGGAAGAAAAUAUUUUCUUCACCUUGGCGUAAAAUCUCGGCAAAUCGUCCAAAGUGUCGUAACAGGCCCAGAAUUGGCCUACUUCAAACUGGCUUUCCUCACGCACUUUAUCAAAAUCGCUAAAUUCCGGAUCAGGACAUUCUAUAUUCACAACAUCACUGGAUACUUGCGGUUUAUUGAGAGGGGGAUCAGUAAGAUCAUCGACCUCGGUCUCAAUUUCCUGUAUUCGGGAUGGAUUUUUCGUGAACAGCAGCCGGCCGACUUGGGUCAGGUCUCGAGUGCACAUUUUGAGCAGCACACUGUGUUUUGGAUUUCGUUCUUGACGGGUUGUCUGGAGACCCUUUGCCUUUCUGAAAGCCCAUUUUACAAUUUCCUGUAUUCGGGACUGAUUUUUCGUGAAAAGCAGCCGGCUGACUUAGGUCAGGUCUCGAGUGCACAUUUUGAGCAGCACACUGUGUUUUGGAUUUCGUUCUUGACGGGUUUUCUGAAACGAUCACCUCAUAGGCCACGAAGACCUUUUUGCACCCGGGACAGAACGGGCAACACGUCCAGAACACCUGUGCCACGGAAGAAGAGUUUGAAUUAUUUGCUUGAUGUUGACCCAUACUGCUGUUACCAUUAG